AUGUCACUGAAUUCACGAUAUGUCAACAACAGCUUAUAUAAGAGUCAUUAAGAAAAUUUAAAUUAGACAAUAGAACAAUAUUGCGAUUAAGCAAAUGGUAAUUCUACAGAAUAUGAUUAAUAAUUUUACGAUGGGUUCAAGUUUCAGGCAGCACAUUAAUAAAUAUGUAUACUUUUACAUUUAAUUAGCUGACCUCAUAUCUUAAGUUGAGAUUAGUUCAAAGCUAGAUGAAGGAAAAAGAUAGUUAUCAACAUAAAUAUUAAGUUAAGCAUAGUUGAUUCUUAAGAAUUAUAGUUCAUAAGAAAGCUAGAUAAAGGUUAAGAUUACUCAGUCAUUGUUCAAUCUAUAAAGAGAUACUAUCAGGACUAUUUAAGAAGUGCAUGAUGCAUUUAGUUUAAUAGAAUCAAUGAAGUGGCCAUGUAAAGGACCUACCCAUAAGCAGUAUGAUAAACAGUUGCGUGCGUUGGAAAAGCAGUGCUUUUUCUGGGAAUAAGUGUUGUUAUUGGAAAAUAAAACUACGAAUACAAUUUCUUUAAAUGAAUUUAAAUAACGUUUAAACGAGUGGUUUGAGAAAUUCACAAAUGACAUCAGAACAAAGAAUUUAGACCACUUAAAAAAAUCAAAAAAAGGAUAUUUAGAUACGUAAUUGAGAAAUGCUCAUGAAAUGUUUACAGGAUUGGGAAUAGAGAGGAAUAGAGAUAGUGCUUUAUAAAUAUACAAAAGAUUGGCAGAAGAGAACCAUCCAAUUGCAUAGGCAAUAAUGGGAUAGAUUUUGAUGGAUGGAGAAAUUGGAGAAAAAGAUUAUGAUCAGGUAAUGAAUUUUAACACCACUUGUGGUAGGCUUUUAACUAUUUUAAAUUGAGUGCUGACCAAGGACAUACAUUUAGUGUCUAUUGGGCAUCUAGAUUAAUAUUAGUAAUUAUAUAUAAACAAUUUAAUAGGAAGAGAAAGUCUUUGACAAAUUUUUUGAAAGAGAAGAUCACUAGAGUAGAAAAUCAAGUGUUACAGCAAUAAAAACUAAGGAUUGUGAUUUAGCUAUUAAAUUAUUAAAGAAAGCUGCAGAAUUAGAGCAUGUGCCUUCAAUGAUUUAUUUAGGUGAUUUGUACACCUCUGGUUUAGAUUUAUAAAAUUGUAAAAAUAAUAAUUAUAAAUAUUAAUGAUAGACUCUUUGGAGAAAGACUACUAAGAUGCUGAGUACUUUUAUAAAUAAGCUUAAAAAAGGAAUUCAGUUGAAGCUACUUAUAAAUUAUCUUUACUAUAUUAAGAAAUGAGCAAAUAAAAUUUAAAUAAAGUAAUAAGUUAAUUUUAAUACAAAAUAGAAUAGAAAAUAAUUAAUUUUUCCAUUACUCAGUCAAGCCAAGAAUUAAGACUAUUUACCAGCAUUUUACGAUCUUGGAAUGGUGUUGUUAAAUGGCUUAGGGGAGGAAUUAUAGGCCAACCCUAUAAUGGCUGACUUAAUCUUCGAAUAAGGUGCUUUUAAUGGUGAUUUUAAAUGUGCCAAAAAAUUACUUAAUCUUCGUUUUCAAAGUUUACAGAGAGAAGAAGGUUCUAUAAAUGAUUUUCUAUCUCUGUUGGAUUAGUUGGAAGAUAUUUUGAAGGAUCAAUCUAUCAUUAAUUAUAUGAGAGGUAAGAUUUACUUUAAGGGUAUAUUAAGUGAUAAGAAUUUGUAAAAAGCGAUCGAAUAAUUUAGGUAUUUUAAUGAAAUGAAAAUAGAAUAGGAUCAUGGAGAGGAUGUUUAAAAUGUAAAGCUUAAUUAGAAAAGAUAUUCAAAGAUAAAGAGGAGUUACCAACCAGUUCAUAAUAAUCAUCACUUUAAAAAUUAAAUAUAUAAGGAGGAUUUAUUGAUUAAGUUAAAUAGAGUGAUUAAAGAAAAGCAUAUCAAAUAUAGAAAGGAAAGAUUUCUUAAAAUAAUAAAUCAAUUCCUUUUGAAUAAGAGAAUUAAUCAACUCGAUAAGAUAGACAUACAAUAAUGACAAUAAGUAUAGUUAAACCAAAUGAAAUCAAUGAUCCAGAUAGAAAACGUGGAGGAUCUGAAUAUAAUAGUUUUAAAAGAGUAGAAAGUAGUGUUAUGCUUUCCUAAUUAAAAUUACAAAUUCAAUCGCCUUAAUAAUAAUAAUAAUAAUAAUAAUAAUCAUCUACUAGAUUUGAGUAAUAAUAAUAAUCUUAAUAUGGAUCUCCUCGUCAACCCUCAUUAAUUAACAUCUCUUCAAAUUCUUCUAAGAAAGAUCGCUUUAACUUUAGUAAAUUACCAAGUCAUCGAUCUAUUAAUUCUUCAAAAUAUCUAUUCAACUAACCUUGA